CUCACGCAAAAGCUCAACUACAUCUGUCUCGCCACCAGCUACAAAUUAAGCUUCACUGCAUAACAAUUCGAACAUAAGAGAAAAGAGAUCAAAAGAAAGAAAAAAAAAAGGAACGAAAAUACUACUCAUUGGCCAUGGCAGCUCCCAAGUUCUUGCAAGCAGCACUACUUCUCUUGAUAAUUGCAGUUGCGGUGCAGACCCAGGAAGCUCAAUCACAGACUUGUCCAAGCCAGCUGAAUAGCCUGAACGUAUGCGCACCCUUUGUGGUGCCUGGUGCGACUAAUACCAACCCAAAUGCGGAAUGUUGUAGUGCACUUCAAUCAGUCGAACACGACUGCCUCUGCAACACACUCAGGAUUGCGGCUCGCCUUCCUUCCCAGUGCAAUCUCGCACCUGUAAACUGCGGCAACUGAGCACAAGUACAUGCAUGAAGGCAGUGCAAAAGAAUGGUCAAGGAAUAAUGUCGGAUAGGGAAUUAAAAUUUAGGUAUCAUGGUCUUACAUUUUACUUUCUUUACCUAAAUGUAUCCCGAUCUGCGGGCAAGCAAAUAGUUCAUGUCAAGAAAUAAAUAAAACCUGAGUAUCUUUUAGUAUUUAAUAAACAGUUAACUGUGUUGCAAUA